AAGUGAAUUGCACUUCCUCCUUUUACACACCACUGUUCAUCACAGCGUUUGGGUUAUAGGAGUAGCCCACAAAGUGAAAAUGGAAAGAGCGAAAACUGAACGGGGCUGUGUCCUGUAAUUGCCUAUUCACUUUGUAAGAGGAAAAAACAUUGCGGGGAAUGACAAUCGAUUGUUAUUAGAACGCUCCAACAACACCUAUUCAGCGGCGAGCAGCAGAGUCAACGGAACAUUUUCAGAAAUACAAUGGCAGCGACCUAGAUCAACUUUUGGACUUGCUUUCUAAAAGGAUCAACGAGGGGGCCUUGCAACUUUUUGAAAGUUGUUGGAUACGGUGGAGCAAGGACGCAAACAUGAAGAAACAGUUUAAUCGCAUGAAACAGCUCGCCAACCAAACAGUUGGAAGAUAGUGUCUGGGACGCACGAACAAAACGCCGCUAUUCGGAUAUAACGAUGGAUUAUUUUGGACCAAACCAACAUUUGUUAUUGAAGUAGCAGUCCUGGGAGUGCAUUCUGACGAAGACAACAAAAGAGCUGAGAAGACUGAGGUGCUGAGUGAUGACCUUCUACAGAUUGAAAGGCGCAUGGAGCUGGUCCGCCUGGUGUCCCACAACGCACACAAGAAACUGGUCACCUGUCUACAGGGUCACAUCGGAACAGAGGCAGAAAAGAGACACAAAAAGCUCCCUCUGACAGCGCUGUCCCAGGCUAUGCAGGAUGGAGGAAGCCAGCUGGGGGAGGAGUCACUGAUUGGUAAGAUGAUGGAUGUGUGUGGGGAGGCAGAGGGCAGACUAGCGUCUGAGCUGAUGCAACACGAGGUCCAGCUAGAGAGAGACAUCCUGGAACCUCUCAACCAGCUAGCAGAGGUGGACAUUCCCAACAUCCUGAGACAGAGGAAACAGCUGGCUAAGCUAGUCCUAGACUAUGACUCAGCCAGAGCCAGGUGGUUGCAGGCAAGCAAGUCUAUUCACUUUUCCACAAACUACCAGGCCACUGUCGCCAAGGUUGAGACUCUCAAAGACGAGAUGGACGAGGCCCUGAACAAAGUGGAGAUGUGUAAGGACCAGUUGUCUGCUGACAUGUAUAACUUCUCCUCCAAGGAGGGAGACUACGCCCGCUACUAUGUUAUUUUGGUAGAGGCCCAGGCUGACUACCACAGGAGGUCUCUGGCUGCUCUGGAAGGAGUCCUGCCGACCAUACAGGCACAGAACGACUCAUGGAUGGAGAAGCCUGCGUACGGCACGGCUCUGGAAGAGCACCUGAAGAGGAGUAACCGUGAGAUCGCCCUGCCCUUAGAGGCCUGUGUCAUGAUGCUGCUGGAGACUGGCAUGAAGGAGGAGGGUCUGUUCCGAAUCGCUGCUGGGGCCUCCAAACUAAAGAAGCUGAAGGCAGCGCUGGACUGUUCCACCUCCCAGUUAGAGGAGUUUUACUCUGACCCCCAUGCUGUAGCUGGAGCUCUGAAGUCUUACCUCAGAGAGCUGCCUGAACCCCUAAUGACCUUUGCACUGUAUGAUGAGUGGACACAAGCCUCCAAUGUGUCUGACCCAGACAGGAGGCUUCAGGCUUUGUGGGUGGCAUGUGACGGUUUGCCAAAGAACCACAAGGCCAACUUCAGGUAUCUGGUAAAGUUCCUAGCCAAGCUGGCCCAGGACAGUGAGGUGAAUAAGAUGACUCCCAGUAACAUCGCCAUAGUGCUGGGACCCAACCUGCUCUGGUCCAAGACUGAGGGGACUCUGGCAGAGAUGGCUGCUGCUACCUCGGUCCAUGUGGUGGCCAUCAUAGAACCCAUCAUCCAGCACGCUGACUGGUUCUUCCCAGAUGACGUGGACUUUAACGUGUCGGGCAUGUUCGUGGCCAUGACCCCUGAACCUGACCCAGGCCCUUUUGAAAGGCGACGCCCUGGAAGCCUGGUGGAAGGGGACACUCCCCGCAAAGACAGCCCCGCUCCUAACAAACUGGGUGACCACACCCCUACCCCCACCCCACGUAGAGCUGCCACUCUAAAUAGAAAACAGCACCAUCAUGCCUCUUCGCCCGUCUUCCAGCCCCCUCUACCACCGCCAGAGGCUGUAGGAGUCACCCAGACCCAGCCUGUGGCUGAGCCCCAGACCCAGGAGCAAACUCUGUGUGGGAGUACGGAGGCUGUCCAGCCUGGCCUGGCUGGGGGGGGUGGGGGUGGUGGUGGGGGUCAAGGUCAGGGUGGGGCACCAGAGGUCCAGGUGGCCACAGGGCAGCAGCCUCUGCCUCUUACCCAGCACAGCGCUGAGGAGAGCAGCCCUGGCCAUGACCCCACCUCCACCCCCGCUCCCCUGAGGAACGGGGGUUCCCAGCUCACCGUGGGGACGCCCCACUCCCAGGCAGGAUGCAGGGGUCCCAGCCCCCACAUUGGGCGCAGAGGUACUAAGAAGCAAGCCCCUGCCCCACCCAAACAGGCCAACCCCUUUGUAGCUAAUGUCUCCACCCUUGGCCACAGUCCCGCGUCUAACAACCCCUACCCCCUCAUCGCUCCACGACGCCACUCUGGUAAAGAAACCCCCAUCCACGCCCCCAGCCACCCGCCCCCACAGCCCCCACAAGCCCCCCAGUCUCAGGGGGAGUCAGACCCCUCUCCGCCCCACACCCCCACACCCCCUAGCACCCCUCCUCAUGAUGGUCCAACCUCCACCCCCUUCACCCCUCUAUCCUCCUUCCACUCUGGCUCCCUCCCUCGCCCCACCAGGCCGGCUCCUAAGCCACGCUCCCGACCUACAGUUCCCCCGCCGCGUCAGCCGCCCACCAAUGACGACAACAACGGGACCUGCGGCUCCGCCUCCAAGGUCAUCACCGAUGCCAGCCUGAACUUGAAGGGGAUUGGCCGAGCCCUUAUCCCUGAAAUUACGGUGGACAUACAAGGGGAGAGCUCUGCUGGUCAUGAGCCCGCCCCCUCUCCAACCCCACCCUCGGACCCUGAGAUCCAAUCAGAGAGCACCAGUCUGUGAAAGCGGGAGGGAUCACUCCAACUGACAUCACCCCAAAAAAACAUUCUGCCCCAAUUGGCCAAUAUGCUAGCCAUUCAUCCAAUCGCCGUAGUCAGAGUCAGCUCUGAGCCUCUACAGACUGGACCAUACAAACUCCCUGUGCUCCAUCAAUCCAGUGAGCAAUAAUGUCUGCAACAAACAACCCCUAGCUAACAUUACUCUCUACAACAAUACAGGGACUAGACAACCUUCUCUUACUCCGUAAUCCAAACUCAACACUGUUGGCACCCACCACCCUCAACACCAACACCCUUCCAUCCAUAUCCAUAAGCCAUCAACCCUGAACAGUAUUGGAACUGCACCACAGGAUCACCACAUGUUCAUUGAACCUUCAACCUGCUAAACAUGAUAGGAGGUUGGCCUGCAGCUAGAGAUGCCACUGUAGCCUUCUAUUGAAUAACACAAGCGCAACAUAUUUUCCAUUUAUCUUUUACAAUAAAUACAGUCUUACAAAGCAAAAAGGUUGUGAACACACAUUCAGUAGAAACACACACAGACAGACAGGACCCCUAGGUUUAACAGGAGUUGUUCAAUUUGAUAAACUCUUUGGUUAGUGUCAGUUGAUCUCAAAAAGUAUUUGUAUAGUUAGACAACCUUACAUUUAAAAAUAUUAAAUGAUACCUCUAUCAAAAACCUGAAGCUCUCAGAAAAAAAAAUGCUUCUCAAAACAACCUAGGUAGCAUUUGUGUUAAAAAAAGGUGACCCAUUUUUCCCGUGUCCAAGGGCAUUGAAAUAUUUGAUAUUGAUUUAUACACUUUGUUCUGUUGGAAUUUAGAAUUCCCAAAUCAAAGCUUUUGAUUAAACGCCACAUAUAAAACCACUGAACUCCAAUGCUGGUGAAGCUGUAAUGUUAUGACCCAGUACCUGGAAGCAUCUGAUGCAAAUCUGAAUAUACUGUUUCAUCAUUGAUCUUUGGAUCCAUUGUAGAAUGUUGACAUUGAAUUGGAGGUGGGGUGGGAGGCUAAGCUUGUAAACCUAAAAGCUCAGAACUAGUAUUUUUGUAUUAUGUAACUUUCUUCCCUGUGGUGCAUUGUAUGGUGGUUGAAGGAAUGUUUUUUGAAUGGAAAUUGCUCAUUUGUAUGUCCUCAAUGCAUUACCUAAGAUUGUCUACAAAACUGCAAUUUUGCCCCAUUUGAGAACUUUCUUUAAUGGUUUUUAAUGGGCCAAAUAAUAGAAAUGUAAUACAGAAAGUGCUAUUGAUGAGCAAAUAUACAUGGUGAGCCCAAAGAAUCCUAUAAAUUGCCAUACUUGAUUUGAUGAGAAUCUCUCAUGGACCAAAGAUGCCAGUUGAUUAAUAAGUACGUUUGGUGAGUGUGCUGCUUUGUGUUUCUAAUAUAAAUGUUUUAAUAAAUAGUUGCCAAGGACCAAAUAAGUACCAGUGAGGAGUGCAAUUUAAGUAACUGUUUCGUUUCAUACUGUGCCUUCUCCACCCCCAAUAUUCACCCUGUUUCAUCUGUUGUUGUUUUUAACCUGUCUUACCUCAAUAUACUAUAGGACCGUGUUUUAUUCAACCCCAAUCAAACCAUGUGAUACAUUGUUAUUGAACAGAGCUGAAUUCAAACAGUCACCCCUGCCAAAAAUGUGUAUACCAAUCACAGAUUUCCCCUUUAAAAGAAAAGGGAUGGAUUGGACAUUCCCUGCCACAGCUUUUUUAUUUGAGAAAUGAUUUGAUUUAAUUUAGCUCAGGAAAUGGACAAGCAACAACCCAACAGAACAAUAUCCCAGAUUACUAUUCAAAUUAAGGAUAUUAUGUUGACAAUCUUUAGUGGGUAACCUGGCUUCUCACUCUGCUUUUGAUUAUUGCACGUUUUGAAUGUGAUUUGCGUUGCUUUUUUUCUGCCCAUGUCUUUUCAACCUGAAAAUGAACAAAGAUUUUCAAUAAUGAGUGAAUGGAUCCUCCACUGUUUGUUCAUAUUAAAGGAAAAUAGUUUUGGGUAUUAUUACUCCAAAUAAACAAAACAUGAAUUAAAA